AUGGCGGAGGUCAGACUGAGGUUGUUCCGGAGAAGUGCUCAGCUUCAGAUUGUAGAAGAUGUUAUCCCGGGUGGCCGGGCUCUGGAGGCUGUAUCAUGUGUGACUCCUGUUGUAGGUAACAGACAAACAGCUGAAUGCAGUGAGUGGAAGCGGACAUUGUGGCCCUCUGCUCCUCGGGGCCAGUGUAUGUGGGGGCUAGGUGGCAUGCCACAGAUUGCCACAUCAGGGGCCCGCUUCUACAGUCAAGGCAGUGGCCCUAGAGCAUCCUUCCGCCAGACUGGGGGCCGCCAUGGUGGAUAUAACAAUGGAGCACAGGAGUCAGAGAAGCCGCUAUACCUGACCCACACCGGAUACUAUGACACCCUGGAGGUGUCUAAAAAUGCCACGCAGGCCCAGAUCAAGGCCGCCUACUACAAGCAGUCCUUCCGCUUCCACCCCGACCGCAAUGCCGGCAACGAGUCCGCCACCAGACUCUUCGGCCAAGUGACGGAGGCCUAUCAUGUCCUGGGCAGCACCACCCUGAGGAAGAAGUACGACCGGGGGAUCCUGAGCCUGGAGGACGUCCGCAGUGCCAGGAAGCCCAGCGGGAAGAGCCCGUCACCUAAAGAGGCUGCUGGCCAGAGACAGGCAUCCAAAGCCACGUUGUCCUCCUCCACCCCUGCCAAGCAAAUGUUUGACUUUGAUGCGUUUUACCAGGCGCACUACGGAGAGCAGUUGGCGAGGGAGAAACUCUGGAAGGAAAGACGGAAUCACAUCGAGAGGCAAAGGAAGGAGAACAUUAGAUCAGACCUGAACAACACAUCUGGAAUGUUUUUUGGACUGUUUUUAAUGUCAGCCUUCUUGUUGUACGCAUCAUAUAUGGACUGA